AUGACGCACACGAAUCCCUGGAUUGAAUCCCCCAAGAGUCACGAGAGAGAGAGGGCCAUCAAGAGCACCAGGCACCUCCUGAAGUUCGUUUCUGAAAACGUCAAUUUCGACACCACAGCUGACUUUUCUUUGCUGGGACAGCUGGUGGCUUUGCUGGGCCUGCACGUUGGCGACACCAGCGAAGAAGUUGGCCAGACGUCCGCAGAGGCCGCCUACCACCUCCACCACCUCAUCAUGAGCAAACUGGCCAAAGAAAUGGACAAGAAGGCCAAGAACAAGAAGGGGAACAUCGUCAAUUGGCUGAGGGAAGACUUCUUCCUUUCGGGCCCCACCAUAUUUUAUAAUAACGUCUCCAAAAUGGCUAAGGCCUUUGGCGAGCAUCUGAGCCCUUCACAAAUAAACGACCUGAUCUUAAAAGCCCUGGAGGCUCUGACAGACCCGGACAAGAACAUUUCACACACUGCGGGACUCCUGCUCAAUUCGUUCUUGGAGGAAUGUGGGAUGGAGAUGGAGGAGCUGCCCAUGAUCCUCAAGGAGAUCUACAUGCGUCUCCCGAAGAUCUCGGACCCUGCCACCAAAGAACAAACUCUCAAGGCAGUCUGUCACGUGGCGUCCAAACGGGUGAACAGAGUCGUGGAUAUUCUCCUUGAGUGCUCGGUGGAUUGCGAUGGAAGUGCCAAGGAGUUAUGGAGGGCACUGGCUGCAGACCCCUAUGCUAACAUGAAGAUCAUGAAGCCCCUCCUCAAAAGGCUUCAGAACGAAGACCCCACCACCGAAGCUUUUGGGAGGAGAAAUAGCAAAUCCAUCAUGCCCAUUGCGGCCACCAAUGCGCUCUCCUUCCUCCUCUCGCUUCCUGAGGCACCAACCAUUGUCCAGAAUAAGUUCUCCAGCCUGCUCCUGGCGCUCGUGACGCAGAUCUAUUUCCUGCUGGGAGCAGGCAAGAGCGGGUCAGAGGAGACCAACCACCUGGGGUAA